AGUUUAGCAAAAGAGCAAGAAAAAAGUUUUAGUGUGGUUCAGUGUAGCAAAAAAAAAAACAAGUCCAGUCUCCUGUAAUAUAACUGAGAGGGCGUUGAUGAGGGCAUGCAGCGAGCUUUCAAGUAAAGCUUGUAAACUACUCCAAAAACACCGGUUUGUGAUAUUAUCUCGAUAUAAUUCAGUCAGCAUAUCAAUGUGUCAUAUGCCAAAUUCAUGAUUGCAAAAGUACUGAUUGACGUUUAUUGAAAUGGAGCCUGUUGAUCAUUUUGAUACUGUUGACGAAAGCGCAGAUGAUAAUGUAAUAACCGAUGAGGCUGUUGGUGUGGUUUUGGAAGAAGCUGAGCUAGUAGACUGUGAUGUUGACGGAGAAAUUGAGGAUGAUAAUGUACAGUAUCAUCUAUAUGCAGUAAACAGGAAUGAUAAUGCAGUGGCAUACAAAGUGAUGCGUGUCACCAACAAUCAUAGUGAGGACAAUGAGCUUUCGAUAACCGGCAAUGUCAGUAAUACUGUCCAGGUUUUAACUUCUCCAUUAAACGGACAGUUAUAUGUGCUCAGUAAUGGUAACGAUGUAGUAACAUCAGAAUCUACCACAACAGUUGUACCCAGCGUAGCUAAAUUGCACAUAGAAGGAUCACAAAAUAUUGUGACAACUGUAAAUAAGAGAGACGAAAAACGAAGAGUAACACACAAUGAAGUUGAAAGGCGUAGAAGAGACAAAAUUAGCAAUUGGAUUUCCAAAUUGGGAAAGCUCUUAGCAGACUGUGAUGAAAAUAUGAAGAAGGAGGGAGAUACAAAAACGAAUUUUGAACUACAAAGCAAAGGGGGUAUAUUAGCACGAGCAUGUGAAUAUAUUACAGAAUUGAGAGAAGCUCCAGAAAAACUAACUCAAAGUUUAGAUGAAAGCGCGACAUUGAUAGAAGAAGUCAAGACUCUUCGACAGGUCGUAAAUCAACUAAGAGAAGAAAAUUCUCAAUUAAAAGCCCAAAUUUCAGAACAACAAAGCGAUAUCUCUACACUAGAUACUUAAAUCUUUGCAGGAAAUAGCAGAAACGUUACGUAUUGUUGAUAUAAAUGUGUAUCUAGUUUAUGAAAAGAUAGGAUGAGGAAACAUGAACAA